UGCUUCUUGUCAAGUCGUUGGGUAGAGAUCGUUUUGGCCCUGUGGGGCGUUUUGCGGACUGUGGUGUCACGCUUGCCACUGGCAAAGUGUGGCUGAGGGGACAUGCCAUGUUUUAGGAAAGCUAAGCAUGCCGCUGCUUUUCAGGACUUUUCAAGAAAAGGGACACCGCCGAAUUUGAGAAUUGGAAGCAUAUGGAGUCCGGGUGAAUUGAAAGACAAGGCCCUGACAAUGGGGGCUUGAAGGGCCCAUCAAAGGGGGUUUCUUAGCCUCGGGGAUUAGCCAGUUCCUGGCAAACAGCUGGGACUCAAAAGUUUCCUAAGUGAAUGAAUGAAAGACCCAAUCAAGCCACUUCUCUUCAAUGCAACACAAUAGGACAUGGGAUAAAAGACCAUGGACUUCUACCUGCAGGACUCAGCUCUCCUCAUAACUCCUGAGAGACCCUGGAGUGGUUUGUCCUGAACACAAUCAACUGACAACUCUGGGAGUGGAUGAUAAAGAGUUCCCAGAUCCCCACCUGGGCCAGUGGUAUUUUAUCGCAGGGGCAGCUCCCACCAAGGAGGAGUUGGCAACUUUUGACUCUGUGGACAACAUUAUCUUCAACAUGGCUGCUGGCUCUGCCCCACUGCAGCUCCAGCUUCGUGCUGCCAUCCGCAUGAAAAAUGGAUUCUGUGUGCCCCGUGAAUGGAUUUAUCACUUGACUGAAGGGAACACAGAUCUCAGAACCGAAGGCCGCCCUGACAUGAAGACUGAGCUCUUCUCCAGCUCAUGCCCUGGUGGAAUUAUGCUGAAAGAGACAGGCCAGGGUUACCAGCGCUUUCUCCUCUACAAUCGCUCACCACACCCUUCUGAGAAGUGUGUGGAAGAAUUCCAGUCCUUGACCUCCUGCCUGGACUCCAAAGCCUUCUUACUAACUCCCAGGAAUCAAGAGGUCUGCAAACUGUCAGUAACUGACCUGUAACUUCAUCUGUGCCCCCAGACCAAUAUGGUGGUAGUGGAAUUGUUGGGGGAAAGAGAAGCUGGAGACUCCUGAUUCCCUUUCAAGGAAAAUAAAGAUGAUUUUUCACAUCACA